AUGGCCAACCGGACGGGAGCAUGUCAGCGGUGCCACUAUCGCAAGGUGCGGUGCGAUAGGAAACGCCCGUCGUGUAGCGUUUGCGCUCAGGUCGAUAUUCCGUGCGAGUACGCACCGCGAGAACGCCAGCUCCAACUUCGGCGGCAGGAUGUUGAAAGACUAGAACAGCGCCUUCGCGACCUUCAAACAGACUACGAUUCGCUACAAGCCCGCUUGAGCAAUGUACUGAAAACCCAUCCAGAAUUGCCGCCCGAUGACAACCUACCUCCGUCGGCCAGGGAUCGCUCUCCAGCGUCGGCAGCUUCGAUUGUCAACUUCGGACUUCAUCAGAACCAGGCAUUCUCCCGGGCGACUGCUGGGCAUCAUGAGGUUGCGAACGAGGUUAUCAAUCUUUCUCUCAGUGCCGGCGGAGGCCGCAACUUCGUGGGCUCCACGAGCGGCCUUUUCCUCGCCAACCUCCUUCAGCCCCAAGGACAACCCUCAGCGUCACUGCCUCAGAGCGGCCAUGCCUCCAAUGUGGUCUCAACUCAUAGCGGCCAACCGAUGGCCACCUCAGCAUUGCCACCAAAGAGCCUCGCUUCCCAAAUCCUCCAUGCAUAUUGCAACCACAAUAGGAUGCAAUAUCCCUUUCUAGACUCAACGACAUUAUGGCGCGCCCUAGAAAAUGUGUAUGCCGCAGAAGAGGGACACAACACCAGAACGUGCAGCCCGACAGACGCAUUUAUUAUCAACAUGACGUUGGCAAUUGGAACUUCCCAAGUGUCCAAGCUAAACUGGAGCGGGAUGUGGGACGCGGAGAGCUCAUACAACCGCGCUGCAGUCCAUCUGGGCGAAGUUCUCUCUCAAGGAGGCAUACAAGCUCUCCAAGCGCUCCUACUUGUCUGCCAAUACCGCAUGGGCACGCCAUCGCAUGAUAGUACAGCCAGUGUUUGGCACCUCAUCGGUAUUGGCGCCCGGAUGUGCUUCGAGCUCGGUCUACAUAGGGCGUCGACGUAUGAGGCCCCCAAGAACGGCGCUCCGACCGCGGACUCUGAUGAGGCGUUCCGGAUCCAGGAAUCGGAGAUCAAGAGACACUGCUUCUGGAGCGUUGUUGCCAUGGACCGGACGGCUAGUCUUGUCCUCGGGAGACCCAUGGCCAUCCAGCUCGAUGAUAUAGAUGUGGAACUUCCCCACGUCGUGCCCUCAAGUCCCCAGAGUGUUCCCCCUGCCGCCAUGUCGGACCAUCAGCUCACAACUGCCAUAUUCGCUCAUAUUGUCCGAUAUAGACUCAUUUGUGGAAAGAUCCUCAAUGCCUUACACCGAACAACAAGCACUGCCAAGGCUCCUUCCCGCAAUUACGAAACAACUAGGGACGAGCUCGCCGCGGAGCUCCAGGAGUGGCACGAGGGUACCUCGAUGAUCCCCCUCACUCGCACAGAAGCGGAAUCGUCAGCUCCUUCUGCAAGAUCGAGCUUCCGUUGUCAGGAAUGGUACGACCUCUUGUACCACAACGGGAUGCUGAUGCUGUUCCGCCCCUCACCAUGCCUCAACAACACCUCCCGAAACAGCAUCGCGCUGCAGCAUGUGUACGAUUCCUCCCAGUCUGCCCUACUACUCUACGCCGAUCUUCAUCGGAGUGGACGGAUUAAUUACUCCUGGGUCACUCUGCAUUCAGUAUUCAUCGCGGGCCUCUCGUACAUCUACGCGCUUCGCAACCACCUCCAACAUUCUCAGAGCCGGCAGCAAAACGACAACGCCCCCAGAGCGAAUCUGAGUGCCGGCCCCACCAUCGGUCAGGUGGUGAACACGACUCGAGCCUGCUCCAAGGUGCUGGUUGCCGUGUCAGAGAGGUGGGCGGUGGCCCGAAACUGCUCCGAAGUAUUUGACAAGCUCAGCGAUGCAGUUGUUGCUGAUGUCGUCGAGUCGCAAAUGGCCAACGCCACGCCGACGCUGCAAGUCGGUUCCAUGCGGACAAGAAGUCAUGCUGAACCCUCCGCUGCAAUUUCCCAGCCGAGCAUGAUAGAGCAUGCGCUCGAGCAGUCCGCGAUGCCAGGAUUCAACAUGUCCGUGGACAGCACGCUCAGGGACUGCUUUGGAGACUUGCAGGACAUAUGCUACGAUCAGUAUCACAGCGAUGCAAUAGUGCAGUUGUCUCAGGACUGGUUGGUAGGGCUCGGCGAUACCCCUGGACAUGAAUUCUAG